CACCGACAUCACUAUUAUACCUGUCCCUUUCUUGCACUUCCGUCAAUCAUCUGUUUAGUCUAUAGUUUUUCACAAGUGUCGCGCUGUGUAGAAAGUGGACUAUUUGUAAAUAUUGUAUAAUUGUAAAUAAUCCGUGUUUCAUGUUUUCAAAUUAUUAAUUUACAUAUAUAAUUGUUCCUGUGAGUGCUUAAUGGAUGUGAAGGUGAUAUAAAGCUGAUAAACUACGGUGAAAUCGCAAUGGUGAUGGAAGCCGAUCCAAUUCCUGAAAAACACACGGACGAACGCGUCCUACCGCCGCUGAAACCCCGCGCGGGCGGCGACGUCAACGUCAUCCCGGAGCGUUCAGUCAGCUCUCUGGACCUCAUGUCGUACUCCACGCCUUCAAACCUAGUUCUCACACCUGCUCCGGAAUGCCGCAAGCUGUCCCGUGGCAUAUCCCGAGCGACAGAUAAUGAGGGUCUGGUUUGGGCGCUCCGCAGCAACACAGAGCCUGACCUGCAGACCCUGAGCUCCGAACACAUAUUGCUGCUGCCAGACAUAUCUAUAUAUCCACCGGAGUUCAGAACAUUUAUCGAAAAGGACCUCCUCGAGACCGCCACACUACACACAUUAGAGUCUUCCUGUAUACUCAACUGGUGGAGGCAAGGGCGCGUCCCCGGUGCCCCUAGACUUUUACCACUAGCUACGUCAGGAGAUGGGAACUGCCUGCCUCAUGCGGCGUCAUUGGCAGCAUAUGGAUUCCAUGAUAGACUGUUGGCGUUAAGGACGAAAGUCCAAGCGUUGCUGUGUGGGGAAGGCGGAGAUGCGCUCACAAACGCCAUAAAGCGUCGCUGGCGCUGGUCCGAGAGCCUCUCCCUCCGCAGCGCCGGCCUCACCCCCUCCGAGGCCGAGUGGGAGCGCGAGUGGCAGGACGCCGUGCGCGCCGCCUCCGCGCAACCACGCCCCAAGCCCGCUCCUAGCGCGGCCCCGCAUUAUGAUGGCCUGGAGCAACUGCAUGUGUUUGCACUGGCACAUGUUAUGAGGAGACCUGUUAUAGUGUUUGCUGAUGUCGCUUUAAGGGAUUUCCGUGGCGACCCAGUAGCCCCCAUCCCGUUCGGUGGCAUCUACCUCCCGCUCGAACUCGAACCAGCAGCGUGCAGCAAAGCACCCAUAUUGCUGGCCUACGACGCGGGCCAUUUUUCGGCGUUGGUUCCCUGCGAGCCAUUACCCACCGACGGGGCCAGAGUGCCACUUGAAGACAGCACGGGGACCGCGAUGCCUAUCAGAUUCAAUGUCGACCCCGGCGAAGAUUUCCGAUGGGACACCGAACCGGACCAGAAAACCAUAAACAACCUCCUUCCGGACGAAUACCAGCGUUCCGCCAUGAUGGCGGCCUACCUCGACCUAGAACGUGUCGAAUGCCUCUCCCAAAAUCCUCCGCCGGAAGAAUUAAGAAGAUCACUAGACGCACUAUCAACAAAAAGCUCAAAACAGUUGAAUUCCGUGGCUAAACAGUUCGGGAGUAUAGGACGUUCUAUGAGUAGUAAAUUGAAGAAGAAUUUCGGUUCGAUGGCGAAAUUAACGGGGAAAAGUCAGAGUAAUCCGGAGGAGGGGUUGAUGAGGAGGCAGAGUACGUGUGAGGUGUUGUGCUGCAGGGUUCUUGCGGCUAGGGCUCCCGUGCAAGAGGAGAUGGUGAAGAAUUAUCUUAAUGAGACUUGGAUUAGCUUCACGGCGGAGAAGAACCGCCGCGCCCAGCCUGCGUCCCCCCCCUCCUCGGGUCCGCGCUACGGCACGGGGCGCUCGCAGUUCUACGCGGACGCGGGCGCGCCCUCGCACCAGCUCGCACGGACCCUGUCCAACAAGCCCGCCAAGCCCGCGGACCGGACCCUUUACCUCUCCAGGUCCACGUUCUACGACGACCGCCCGCCCGAGCCGAAGCCCUGCAGGGCGCCGCUGUGCAUGUACUACGGGAGCCCCGAGAACAAUGAUUACUGCUCGAGGUGCUCGAGACUGCAGUAUGAUUGA